CGAGCGGGAGCGGGCUCGCCUGCGCCUCCCCGGACCGUGCGGCCGCGCUGUUGCUGUUCUGAGGAGACGCGGAGAAGCCCCCUGGCGAGGGGCGCGGAGCCAUGUACAUCAAGCAGGUGAUUAUCCAGGGUUUCCGGAGUUACCGAGAUCAAACAAUUGUAGAUCCCUUCAGUUCAAAACAUAAUGUAAUUGUGGGCAGAAAUGGAUCUGGAAAAAGCAACUUUUUUUAUGCAAUUCAGUUUGUUCUCAGUGAUGAGUUUAGUCAUCUUCGCCCGGAGCAGCGAUUGGCUUUGUUGCAUGAGGGUACAGGUCCUCGUGUUAUUUCUGCUUUUGUGGAAAUCAUUUUUGACAAUUCAGACAACCGGUUACCAAUCGAUAAAGAGGAAGUUUCACUUCGAAGAGUUAUUGGAGCCAAAAAAGAUCAGUAUUUUCUAGAUAAGAAGAUGGUCACGAAAAAUGACGUGAUGAACCUCCUUGAAAGUGCUGGGUUUUCUCGAAGUAAUCCUUAUUACAUUGUUAAACAAGGAAAGAUCAACCAAAUGGCAACAGCACCAGAUUCUCAGAGACUAAAACUAUUGAGAGAAGUAGCUGGUACUAGAGUCUAUGACGAACGUAAAGAAGAAAGCAUCUCCCUAAUGAAAGAAACCGAGGGCAAACGGGAAAAGAUCAAUGAGUUGUUAAAAUACAUUGAAGAGCGAUUACAUACUCUAGAGGAGGAAAAGGAAGAACUUGCUCAGUAUCAGAAGUGGGAUAAGAUGAGGCGUGCCCUGGAGUAUACCAUCUACAACCAGGAGCUCAAUGAGACUCGGGCUAAGCUUGACGAGCUUUCUGCUAAGCGAGAAACGAGUGGAGAGAAAUCCAGACAAUUAAGAGACGCCCAGCAGGAUGCGAGAGAUAAAAUGGAGGACAUUGAGCGCCAGGUUAGAGAGCUGAAAACAAAAAUUUCAGCUAUGAAAGAAGAAAAAGAACAGCUUAGUGCUGAAAGACAAGAGCAGAUUAAGCAAAGGACUAAGUUGGAACUUAAAGCCAAGGAUUUACAAGAUGAGCUGGCAGGCAAUAGCGAACAGCGGAAACGUUUAUUAAAAGAGAGGCAGAAGCUGCUUGAAAAGAUAGAAGAAAAACAGAAAGAACUGGCAGAAACAGAACCUAAGUUCAACAGUGUAAAAGAAAAAGAAGAGCGAGGAAUUGCUAGAUUGGCUCAAGCUACCCAGGAAAGAACUGAUCUUUAUGCAAAGCAGGGUCGAGGAAGCCAGUUUACAUCAAAAGAAGAAAGGGACAAGUGGAUUAAAAAGGAACUAAAGUCUUUAGAUCAGGCUAUCAAUGACAAGAAAAGACAAAUUGCUGCUAUACAUAAGGAUUUGGAGGAUACUGAAGCAAAUAAAGAGAAAAAUCUGGAGCAAUAUAAUAAACUGGAUCAGGAUCUCAAUGAAGUCAAAGCUCGAGUCGAAGAGCUGGACAGAAAAUAUUAUGAAGUAAAAAAUAAGAAGGACGAACUGCAAAGUGAAAGAAAUUACUUGUGGAGAGAGGAGAAUGCAGAGCAGCAAGCACUUGCUGCUAAAAGAGAAGACCUUGAGAAGAAGCAGCAGCUUCUGAGAGCAGCGACAGGGAAGGCCAUUUUAAAUGGAAUAGACAGCAUAAACAAAGUGUUAGAUCAUUUUCGUCGAAAAGGUAUAAACCAACAUGUUCAAAAUGGCUACCAUGGCAUCGUAAUGAAUAAUUUUGAGUGUGAGCCAGCCUUCUAUACUUGUGUGGAAGUCACUGCUGGUAACAGGUUGUUUUAUCACAUUGUUGACUCAGAUGAAGUCAGCACGAAGAUUUUAAUGGAGUUUAAUAAAAUGAACCUCCCUGGAGAGGUGACAUUCCUGCCUCUGAACAAGUUAGAUGUGAGAGACACUGCCUACCCUGAGACCAACGAUGCUAUUCCCAUGAUCAGUAAACUAAGAUACAACCCCAGGUUUGAUAAAGCUUUCAAACACGUAUUUGGAAAGACUCUCAUCUGUCGGAGUAUGGAGGUUUCAACUCAGCUGGCUCGUGCUUUCACUAUGGAUUGUAUUACUUUGGAAGGUGAUCAAGUCAGCCAUCGAGGUGCUCUAACCGGAGGCUACUAUGACACAAGAAAGUCUCGGCUUGAGCUACAGAAAGAUGUUAGGAAAGCAGAAGAGGAGCUGGGUGAGCUUGAAGCAAAGCUCAAUGAAAACCUGCGUAGAAACAUUGAAAGGAUUAAUAAUGAAAUUGAUCAGUUGAUGAAUCAAAUGCAGCAGAUAGAGACCCAACAAAGGAAAUUUAAAGCAUCUAGAGAUAGCAUAUUAUCAGAGAUGAAGAUGCUAAAAGAGAAGAGGCAGCAGUCAGAGAAGACCUUUAUGCCAAAGCAACGUAGCUUACAAAGCUUGGAGGCAAGUCUGCAUGCUAUGGAGUCUACCAGAGAAUCGCUGAAAGCAGAGCUAGGAACUGAUUUGCUUUCUCAACUCAGUCUGGAAGAUCAGAAAAGAGUCGAUGCCCUGAAUGAUGAGAUCCGUCAACUUCAGCAGGAAAACAGACAGCUGCUAAAUGAAAGGAUUAAACUAGAAGGUAUUAUCACUCGAGUGGAGACCUACCUGAAUGAGAAUCUCAGGAAACGCCUGGACCAAGUGGAACAGGAACUUAAUGAACUGAGAGAGACAGAAGGUGGUACUGUUCUUACUGCCACAACAUCAGAACUUGAAGCUAUUAAUAAAAGAGUAAAAGAUACUAUGGCAAGAUCAGAAGAUUUGGAUAAUUCCAUUGACAAAACUGAAGCUGGAAUUAAAGAACUUCAGAAAAGUAUGGAACGCUGGAAAAAUAUGGAGAAAGAACACAUGGAUGCCAUAAAUCAUGAUACUAAAGAACUGGAGAAGAUGACGAAUCGACAAGGCAUGCUCUUGAAGAAGAAAGAAGAAUGCAUGAAGAAAAUUCGAGAGCUGGGAUCCCUUCCUCAGGAAGCUUUUGAAAAGUACCAAACACUGAGCCUUAAGCAGUUGUUUCGAAAGCUUGAGCAGUGUAACACAGAGUUGAAGAAGUACAGCCAUGUUAACAAAAAAGCUUUAGAUCAGUUUGUGAACUUCUCCGAGCAGAAAGAAAAGCUGAUAAAGCGACAAGAAGAAUUGGAUAGGGGCUACAAAUCAAUCAUGGAAUUGAUGAAUGUGCUUGAACUUCGAAAAUAUGAAGCUAUUCAGUUAACCUUCAAACAGGUUUCUAAGAACUUCAGUGAAGUAUUCCAGAAGUUAGUACCUGGUGGCAAAGCGACUUUGGUGAUGAAGAAAGGAGAUGUGGAGGGCAGCCAGUCCCAGGAUGAAGGAGAAGGGAGUGGUGAAAGCGAGAGGGGCUCUGGGUCACAAAGCAGUGUUCCAUCAGUUGACCAGUUCACAGGAGUUGGAAUUAGGGUGUCGUUUACAGGAAAGCAAGGUGAAAUGAGAGAAAUGCAACAGCUCUCAGGUGGACAGAAGUCUCUGGUGGCCCUUGCUCUCAUUUUUGCCAUUCAGAAAUGUGACCCUGCUCCAUUUUACCUCUUUGAUGAGAUUGACCAAGCUUUGGAUGCUCAGCACAGAAAAGCUGUGUCAGAUAUGAUUAUGGAACUAGCUGUACAUGCCCAGUUUAUUACUACUACUUUUAGGCCUGAACUGCUUGAGUCAGCCGACAAAUUCUAUGGUGUGAAGUUCAGAAAUAAGGUUAGUCACAUUGAUGUGAUUACAGCAGAGAUGGCCAAAGAUUUUGUGGAAGACGAUACCACACAUGGUUAAUGAAAGAUAAGGCCUGCUCUCUUGGAAGAUGUUUAUAAUGUGGUCUUCAUACCCAGAAACUGUAAAUUUCAAAACUGAAUAUUUGGUUGUUAUUGCGUUUUUGGAUUUAGAAUACACAGUCCUUUUGUACUUGUCUUUGUAUUUUAUAAGCUCCCCUGUAAUGUUACAUUUCUACAUAUAGUUGAGGAGUUUUAUUUCCUACACAGAUUUUUUUGUAAAGUGUUCUCCGAUUUUAAAUCUUUUGAGAUAUGCUAAAUAUUCUUCCCAAUUAUUUUAUCAGUUAUACUGCCUCUUUUUUAUAGCUUCUAUUAAAUAAUUGGUUUGUGACUAACCAAGUGUAAAUGUGGCUUUUUGUCAUUGUAAUGGUUAGAACCAUUAGAUACAUAUUUUGCAUAAGAAAGUAUUGCUUUCAGUUAAUAGAAGAUUAAAAAAUACAGUUCUUUAUUUUGUUCAUUAUGUGGGUGGGUUUUCAAUUCUGGCCACAGGUUUUAUUCUGUUGUGAAUUUUUCCAAAUUUCCUAUUGCUAGGGUCUUUCCUUGAACCAGUCCAGUCACAGUCUUGGGGAGUGCUGUCCCAACCACCUUUCUUGUAAGUUCCUCAGGCGAUGCAGAGUUCCUUAGAGGACUGCUAAAAGCCCGCUAUCAGUCGGUGUAAUAGUCCUUUGAAAGGGUUUGCAUGUGUGUCCACUCACCCAGAGGAGGGUGGGAGUUCAUGGGGCUGCUUAGAGAUCCUUGUGACCCGCCACGGGAGUAGCGGGAAAAGUAGCCGGUCCCCUCACUGCUGGGCCAUCUCUCCAGUCUGAACAUUUUAAAUUCAAUAUGACAAUGUAUUUUAACAAAAGUUGUGACUUUGGAAAAAUAGUUUUAAGUGGAAUUCAGAAUGCUGACACCAGAAAUAAGCCAUGAAGUCUCCUUGUUUCCUGAAUAAGUCAGGACAGUUUCAGGAGAUGUUUUCUGCUGGCCAGGGGAGGUAACUCAGUGCUAGAACCCUUGCCUCACAUGUGCAAAGCCUACUUCCUAGUAUCACAAAACAGGAUGAUUCUGUUACCAAAGCAACAUUCACCAUGAGGUCUUUGGGGCCAUUUGUUUCUUUUUAAAUGGUUUUGCCAUUCAUAAGCCAUAAAAUUUAUCCGUGUGUGCCUUUGUGCACUUGAGCAUAUUUAGUAUAUUCACAGAAUUGUCAUUUCUAUAGGUUUAAAACUAUGGGUGUGAAUGGACUCCCUCCUCAGCCUCUGGCAACCACAAAUUGGCUUUUUGUCUUCUACUGUAAAUUUAUUCGUUUCACUUAUUUCACGUGAAUCAUACGAACAUAGCCCUUGUGACUGGCAGCUUUCACUUAGCACAGUGCUGUUGAGGUUCAUCCGUGAUGUGAUAUGCCAGUAUUUAUUCUUUCCUAUUGCAGACUAUCCUGCUGUGUAGAUAUGCACUGAGGUCUGCUUAUCCCUGAGUGGGGCUUGAGCUCCUUUCUUUCUGCUUCUGUAACUUGUGCUGCUGGGGAUGUCAGUGAGCUGGUUCUAUUGAGCUCCUGUUGCUCUGGACUAUGCCUAGGAAUGGACUUGUUUGGUCAGAGAGUAACUGAUUUCAGCAUUUUGAGGAGCUGUCAGGCUUUUCCCAAGGAGCUGACCGUUAGGAUUUCUUCAUCUUUACCGACACUUGUUACUCCUUUUUCUUUUUAAAACAGUCAUUCAUAUAGAUUGGAAUCAGUGUCUCAGUAAAGGUUUUAAUUUGCAUUUUUCUGAUGAUCAAUGAUGUUAAGCAACUUUUUGUGAGCUUGUCAUCUGUAUAUCUUCUCUGAUAAUUUUGUUCAUAUGUCUAUUUGUAAAUUGUAUUAUUCGAAUUCUUAAAGAAUUUAUUCUAAGUUUUAUUAUGUAUGAGUGUAUACAUAUGUUUUCACCAUGAUGUACAUGUGAGGAUGGGAGUUGGCUCUCUCCUCCCGUCAUGUGGGUUCCAGGGAUGGGAACCUCCAGUGCCUUUACCACUAAACCAUAUUGCUAACCUAGUUUUGUCAAAUUUCAAGAGGGAGGGUUUUGUUUUGUUUUGUUUUUUAAUGUUUUAAAAAUUAGGACUACUGUGCUGCAGAGAUGGCUCAGAGGUUAAGAGCACUCACUGGCUGCUCUUCCAAAGGUCCUGAGUUCAAUUCCUAGCAAACAUAUAGUGGCUCACAACCAUCUAUAAUGAGAUCUGGUGCUCCCUUCUGGUGUGCAGCUGUACAUGCGGACAGAACACUAUACAUAAUAAAUAAAAUCUUUUUAAAAAAACAGGA